CAUACAGUCAUCUCCUGUAUAUAGCUACAGUAUAUAGUGUAAGACAAUAGGCAGGAAUAUCACUGUUCAACAUGGUUCGAAUGCUUAUGCUUAGGGUGACAUUGGUCUUAAUGAUUUUAUUGACUGAACUGUACGGAAACGAAACCACACAGGACUUCAUCAGUAAAUACAACAAGUACAACACCGUUUGUCGAGGAAUGGGAUACGAAAGGAAAAGUUGCAAAGGGAGAUAUCAUGGUAUGCAUAUGCUUAUUCUUAGAAGAACAAAUACAUUUGGGUCAUUUGCUUUCCAUGCUCGAACUUCGUCCACUCUUCAAAAUCUCGGUAGCUAUGCUGUAGUUGUGUUUGGGAAAGUAACUCUAAACUCUGGAUCCGCCUAUAACGGUAACACAGGAAUAUUCACAGCACCAACAGAUGGUAUCUACUCCUUCACAUGGACUAUUUUGACGAAGAUGGGGUCAUAUCUUAACACACACAUUGUCAUCAAUGGACAUAUAGUAGGUUACAAUAAUGUUGACGGUAAAGCUGGCAGUGCCCAAUACGAGGCUUCCUCAACAACAACAGUGAUUAGAAUGAAGAAAAAGGACAAGGUCUGGAUAAGGGCCUAUAAUCGGGAGGCGAAAUAUGCAUACAAGGACUUUUCGUCAUUCUCUGGGUUUCAGUUGUAAAUAAAAAAUGUUUGGUAAAAAUAAAGGAAUCA